CACACCACUUCUACCACAGCGCCGUGUCCUCAUCGGAUCCUUCCGGCCCACAGCGCGGCGCGGUCGUCGGCUCGUCGUGCCGCUCCAGUUCCACUCCACUCGCCAGCACGGGCGCCACGGGCUCGCGCUUCCCGCCCCUCAUUAAAUGCUCGCUUCCUCGUCGACCUCGAGGCGCUAGUGCUGGGCGAGUCGACGUGCCCUGGAAACCCCAGCAAUGGCGACCUCCCUGCUGCUCCCCACCGCCUUCCUCGCGCUGCUGCUGCUGCUGCCGUCGACCCGCGCCCAAGAGGAGGCGGUGCUGACGCUGGACACGGGAAACUUCUCGGAGGUGGUGGCGAAGCACGAGUUCAUCGUCGUCGAGUUCUACGCCCCCUGGUGUGGCCAUUGCAAGCAACUAGCUCCAGAGUACGAGAAGGCCGCGUCCAUCCUAAGCAAACAUGAUCCACCGAUCGUUCUUGCCAAGGUUGACGCAAGUGACAAGAAAAAUAAGGAUCUCAGCGGUAAGUACGAGGUGCAGGGGUUCCCCACUAUCAAGAUCUUGAAGAACCAAGGGGACAAUAUGCAAGACUACAAUGGCCCGAGGGACGCGGAUGGCAUAGUGGGGUAUCUGAAGAAACAAGUCGGUCCUGCAUCUACUGAAAUCAAGUCGGUGGAGGAUGCUGCGAGUUUGAUUGGGGACAAGGGUGUGGUCGUUGUUGGAGUUUUCCCUUCAUUUGGUGGUAGUGAGUACGAGAAUUUCUUGUCCGUGGCAGAGAAAAUGCGAUCUGACUAUGACUUCCUCCACACAUUGGAUGCCAGUAUUCUUCCGCGAGGCGAUAAGACAGUCAAAGGGCCUGUUGUUCGGCUAUUUAAACCAUUCGAUGAGCUCUUUGUUGAUUCCCAGGACUUUGACAAAGAUGCACUACAAAAGUUUAUUGAAGUUUCUGGAUUCCCGACUGUAGUUACAUUUGACACUGAUCCAACAAACCAGAAAUAUCUCCUCAAGUACUUUGAGAAUGCUGGUACCAAAGCAAUGCUUUACCUGAGCUUCAGUGAUGACAGAAUUGAAGCCUUUAAGAGCCAGUUUUAUGAAGCUGCAAAGCAGUAUGGUGAUAAGAACAUAAGUUUUCUGAUCGGUGAUGUUACUGACGCGCAGGGUGCUUUCCAGUACUUUGGGCUAAAAGAAAGUGAAGUGCCCCUCAUCUUCAUACAAGCAUCUGGUGCGAAAUUUAUCAAACCAACUGUUGAGCCUGAGCAAAUCUUUCCCUGGUUGAAAGAUUAUACAGACGGUAUCUUAGCACCAUAUGUUAAGUCCGAUCCAAUUCCGGAGGUUAAUGAUCAACCCGUCAAGGUUGUCGUUGCUAAUAGUCUUCAUGAGGUGGUUUUCAACUCUGGCAAGAACGUUCUGCUUGAGUUUUAUGCACCGUGGUGCGGUCAUUGUCAGAAGCUGGCUCCAAUCUUGGAUGAAGUUGCACUUUCAUUGAAAAAUGAUGAAGAUGUGGUCAUAGCAAAGAUGGAUGGUACCACCAAUGAUGUACCAUCAGAUUUCACAGUUGAGGGCUACCCAACCAUGUAUUUCUACUCAUCCGGUGGAAACCUCCUAUCAUACGAAGGUGGGAGAACGGCUGAGGCAAUCAUCAAUUUCAUCAAGAAGAACAAGGGCUCCAAACCUGGUGAAGCUGCUGUAGAGGAUGAUGAAGCUUGGACUGAUGCCGCGGUGGAGGAAGAAACCGCACCGGAGUCUGUUAAAGAUGAACUGUAAUCAAGUGAUUGACGAGCUUUUCACCAUAAAGAAUCCUAAGGAAUGCUUGUUCAAAGUUGGAAUUAGGCGUUCGAAGUAACAAGAGAGCAGAUCUUCAGGACAGAGUUCAGUGUAUCGUGUAUUAAGUUUCAGGCUUACAGAACUACUACAAGAUCUAGCCACUGGUUCCAUUUGUAUUUUUCUCAUUGUUGAAAUUUGUUGUUGUAGUAUCAGUACAUUACAUUUACAUCGAAUAAGCUCCAAUUCGUGUAGGCGGGUGAUCAUUCGAUGGAACGGUUGCCAUCCGAGUGACAUGUCUCUGUCAAGAAUUAUGAGAAAGUCUACAAGUGAGUUUGUUUGGUCAGAACAUAAUGAAUCAGUGAGCAAUCAACCUGAAAAUAACUGGAAAGAGGUUUGU